AUGUCGAAACGCCCUUCUUCCCCCUCGUUGGAGGGCAAGGCGGCCACCACCUCGGCCCCUUCCCAACUCAACCGCGUCAAGGAUGCCGACGGCGAUGACGACAUGGGCGAGUUCGAAGACCAGUUCGAAGACGAGUACGACGAGGAAGAUGUCAACGCUGUCAUCGCCGCUCGCGACUCCGAUGAUUCCGAUGACGACGCCGAGACCAUGGAGGUCGACGGCGUCAAAGUGGACGGCAAGAUCCAGCGCCCCGACGAAGACGACGCCGAAGCUGCCGAGCCAGAAGAGCAGGUCUACAUCCCUGGUGUCAACAAGCUCGAAGAAGGCCAAACGCUCGAAGCCGACCAGAGCGCGUACGAGAUGCUCCACCGUCUCAACGUCACAUGGCCGUGUCUCUCGUUUGACCAUCUCAAGGAUCACCUCGGAAACGAUCGACAGAGCUACCCGCACACAUCUUACAUGGUUGCUGGCACUCAGGCGGACACCGCCUCGCGCAACGAGAUCUACGUCAUGAAGGCUAGCCAGCUGCACAAGACCCAGAACGACGAUGGCCUCUCUGACGAUGAGGAUGAUGACGAGAACGACCUGGACGACGACGCAAUCCUGGAAUACAAAUCCAUCCCCGUCACCGGCGGGAUCAACCGCAUCCGCGCGGCACCCACCUCCACCCCACUAUCCGACCUCGAACCCUGCUUGGACCCAUACCCCGUUGCUGCGUGGUCGGAACUCGGCGAUGUCAAGAUCUUCGACGUGCGACCUCUUCUCAACGCGCUCGACCGACCUGGCACAUCCUACGACUCGCGUCGCGUCAACACGCCGCUGCACACCAUCAAAGCCCACGCGGGUGUCGAGGGCUACGCGAUGGACUGGGCGGGCGUCGUCAACGGCGGCUCGUCCUCCAAUCGUGCCUCCUCGCUCCGCUUGCUGACGGGUGACAUCCACAGCAAGAUCUUCCUCACCACCGCGGGCAAUGCUGGGUUCACGACCAACCCUACGCCGUUCACAUCGCACACGUCGAGCGUCGAAGACCUGCAGUGGUCGCCCAAGGAACCGACCGUGUUCGCGUCGUGUUCCGCGGAUCGUUCGAUUCGGGUGUGGGAUGUGAGGGUGAAGAACCGUCGGAGUGUCAUCUCUGUUGACGGGGCGCAUAGUCAGGAUGUCAACGUCAUCUCGUGGAAUCGGGGCACCGACUACCUUCUCGUCUCGGGUGGUGAUGAAGGAGGACUCAAGGUGUGGGACCUUCGACACUUCAAACCCAACUCGUCCGCCCCGGUGCCCGUCGCGCACUUCGACUGGCACAAAGCUCCCAUUAGCUCGGUCGAAUGGCAUCCAACCGAGGACAGCAUCUUCGCCGCCAGCGGUCGCGACGAUCAAGUGACGCUCUGGGACCUCUCGGUCGAACAGGAUGACGAGGAGACCGCCCAGGCAGGUCUCAAGGAUGUCCCACCCCAAUUGUUGUUCUGCCACCACGGUUUGACGGAUUGCAAGGAACUCCACUGGCACCCGCAGGUUCCCGGCAUGCUCGCUACUACCAGUUUGGACGGCUUCAACAUCUUCAAGACCAUCUCUGUUUGA